AUGACUCCCACCCUCAAAUACCUCUUUGUGUAUGGGGUAAUUUUAGGAGGCUUGCUGAGAAUGACUGUCCGCACCAGUGAAGUACGGCAACGAGCACAUCACUUCCCAGGAAGCCCACUGCUGGAUGACCACUCCUUGAAACAAAAAGUGAUUGGCUCUGAUGACAGUCCCGUGAAAGUCUACAUCAAGGUACACGAGAGCAGCCCACCAAUUCUUUGUGCAACACCGCAGCUCCGGAACAUGGAACUGAUGGACCCCAACUUCAGUUGGAAAGGACCAAGGGGGAAGCAACUCUCCAACAGAGCAGAUGUGAAAAUAUCACUGACAGGGACACUGACCAUUGAAAACUUCCAUAAGGAAUUAUCAGGAGUAUACGAAUGCACUAUAUAUUUCUACAGUCCCAGUACUAAGUCAUUGCAGUCGUUGAAUCUUAAAUAUUUCUUGUACGCUUACUGGGACCCUAACUAUACCUAUGAAUUUCAGGCUCAAUAUCACUCAGCGGACUGCCACAAUGCAUACAAUAGCCUUUACUUAAAGAGGUUGAAUACCGCUCUGAACCAGCUGACCACAGACUUGGCCUAUACAAUUAGUAUACAUAAGGCAAGGUGCCACACACUCAAAGUGCCUUUUGCUGGCAUACAGUACGAGCUGUUUCUCACCUUCAAGUUGCAUCUUGACAUGGAAGAGUUAGACAGCAUCUGCAAAAAGAACUUGAAGGAGUGUGAUCACAACUUCCGGCUGGAGAAAGUGCGGCACAGGGUGGAGACCUUCUUCGCCAAGCAGGCAGAAACGUACCACCAGAUCUUUGGCCUGCUGCCUUUUGUCUACUACAUUGACGGGACGCUGCAGGUGAUCCGUGUCGACCGCUGCAAGCCUGGCUUCGGCAAGGACCACAAGAAGCACCCAAUGUGCCCAGAGUGCUGUGUGGUGUGCAGCCCAGGCACCUACGGUACUGGCUAUCACGUGAACUGCCUGCCGUGCAGUGAAGCCCUUCGUUACGGAGAGUCUGAGUGUGAUAUGGAUUGA